AUGGAGGCCGCACGCGAGGAGGAUGGCGGCGCCCGCGACAACGACAAGCUACCGCAGGUGGUGUUUGACCACAUCCUUCGGCGUCAGGUGGUGUAUGACGCGCUAAAGCACGGGGGCAGGGCGGAGGUGUCGUCGUGGAUCCAGCUGCUCACUAUCCUCCUGUCCUUCGGCACGUCGGUGCUCGGCAUCACCUACUGCUCCUCAUCACCGCCGCACAGAUGCAGCAGCUCCCCACAGCCGCAUAGAUCUGGCGGCUCCUCACCACCAUAG